UGUUACACGUUACAUCAGCACGGUAAAGCUGCCUGGACCUUGCUCUUUCAUUAUGGACACACUAUAAGCACUGAUCGUAACCUUACAUCUGCGACCGGGGCGUGUUUUCUGGAAGAGGAAACCUACAACCAUCACUAAGGAGUAUGAGGAGCCGUCUUGUCUUUGGUUUUAGGCAGCAUCAGAAAUGGAAAAUUGAACAGAGGAUGGAAUGAAUACAAAUCGUGGUGUUUUUCAUUUUUAAAUGCACGCUGUCCGGCAGUUGAUAGUGAGAGGCUGUGAAGAGAGAGAGAAUCAGGAGCUCUCAACACCAGACACGGCAUUGCAAGUCCUCACACCCGGCUCAGAGAAAACUGGAACCUGUAGAUCAAAUGGGAUAGUUCUGUCAGUAAUUUAAUCAUUUUAAGAAAUCUGAAUGCCACUUAAUAAUGAAUUUGCACACAACUCCACAAUUUAAAUUUAAUUUGUUUUCAUUUUUUUUUCUAAGGCUCUCGGGAAACAUCAUGGACAUUAUUCUUCUACAAGCUGGCAUCAAAGGGACAUAGACUUCUGGGACAAGCUCAUUUUACUUUAAGAUAAACUAUUUUAUAAUUGUGUUAGACGGUCUUUUUAAGUACACUCUGUAUUUGCAGAUUACCACUUUCGUGUACUGUGGGUUUGCACAUUCUUUUUUCCGUAUGAUCGUGAGCUACUAUGAUGUGAAUGACCUAAACAUGCUCCUUGCAUCUCUUAAUCCUGUCGAACCCUGGCUGUGAGACACACCUCCCCCCCACCUUCUGCAAUUUACAAGAUGUUUGUCAUCAAGCACAGGAAUCGUCGAAAAUUUGCUUUUUUCUGCAUCAUCUCCCUGACGACGCUCUUUCUCAGCUACACCUAUCACGACCCUUCGCUGUACCUCUUAAAACUUGCCUUCAGACAGCCCAGCGGCGAUUUCCCCAAGGGGCCGUGUGCCUGUACGACAUGUAUAACUCAGAUGGAUGAUGACUGGUUUAGUGAGCACUUUAACCAGUCCAUACCACCACUGCUGUCAAAGAAGAAUAGCCUGCUUACAGAGGACACCUACAACUGGUGGCAGUGGCUGCAGAGAGAGAAGGAUCCAGCCAACUACAGUGAUGUGGUGCAGAGGCUUUUUGAGCUCAUUCCCGAUGAGGAGUGGUAUAUCGACUCAGAGCCCGGUCGCUGCAGGACCUGCGCGGUGGUAGGGAAUUCUGGGAACCUCAAGGGAUCGAGUUACGGAGCACGCAUCGACUCGCAUGAUUUUGUUAUAAGAAUGAAUCAUGCUCCUACAUUGGGCUACGAAGAUGAUGUCGGGAGCAAAACCACUCAUCACCUCAUGUACCCUGAAAGUGCCAAACAUUUGCGGAACAGUACAAGCUUGGUGCUGGUCCCCUUUAAGACCCUGGACCUGGAGUGGAUCAUCAGUGCAUUAACCACAGGUACCAUCACCCAGACUUACGUACCUGUCAAAUCCAGGAUAAAAGCUAACAAGGAUAAGGUGUUGGUGUACAACCCCACCUUCUUCAAAUAUGUCUAUGACACCUGGCUCGAGAACCAUGGAAGGUACCCCUCCACAGGCUUCCUUGCCUUAAUGUUUGCCAUUCACAUUUGUGACGAGGUGAGUGCCUAUGGAUUUGGAGCGGACAUGAAAGGAAACUGGCACCACUACUGGGAAAACAACCCUGGAGCUGGAGCAUUUCGCCACACCGGGGUGCAUGAUGGGGAUUACGAAUACAACAUUACCAUGCUGCUGGCUGACAAAGACAAGAUAAAAGUGUUUAAAGGAAGAUGACGCCUUAACCACUUCAACGUGUUUAUCUAAACAACAUGGAUCUACUGAGUGUGCUUUCAACAUGGGAAGCGUUGAAUGACGAUGGACUGAAGGCAAUUCUACUCUUCUUGACCUAACUUUGUUCACAUUCUAGGUUUAUAAUGCUUUUUUUUUAUUGGAAAUGGAAAGCAACACUGCCUUAUAUCAUACGGCCCAUGAGCAGAAGUGGAGUCGAGUCGAAUUUGAGCUAACAAUCUAAAUGAGUGAUUUGAGAUUAAAUGAGAUUUAGUUGCUAACAACACCACGUAACACUGCGUUUAUCAUCAGUAAGCUUGCAGCACCACCUUGUGGGCAGUAGAAAAAGCUCAUCAGUGUCACGAUGGGUUACAUUUUCAAAAUUAUAUCAGUGUGAUUUCCCCUAAUGGUUUAUAUUAUAUAUAUAUAUCAGAUAUCACAUUACAUGAUGAACGGGUACUUGGUUUCUAAAAAAAAAAUCCCAGUAUUCCAUCGAUGUGGAAAGACU